GAACCGCGCGCCACCUGUUGCUUUGUUAGCUCGCGCACGCGCUCGCCACGGCGCGGCUCUCCACUCCAGUCCUCUCACUCUCGUUGAGCUCGGCGAGGCGCGGCGCGCGGGGCGAGGCGGCAAUGUUCACCGACGGCAUGUCGAGGUUGGCGGUGGGGGUGAGCCUCAUGCUGGCGCUCAGCCUCGCGCUGUUCCUCACCAUCGCGGUGCUCCUCCUCGCCGACCUCUUCUGCUCCCACCUCCGCAGGCGCUGGAUGCGCGCGGAGGAGGGGGAGGCGUUGUCCCGGCGGCGCGCGAAGCUCGGGCUGGCGGGGACGUCGCGCGCCGCCGCGGGCGACGACGACGCGGCGUCGGUGGCGACGACGGCGACCACCACCACCGCGCGCGAGGCGCUGUCGAGCACCCCGCCGUUCUACUACGCGCACGGCGUCAUGCAGGCGGCGGCGGACACCAAGGACCUCCUCCUCGCCAUCCCCAAGCUGGAGUCCGCCGUGUGGAGGUGGUCGCCGGCCCGGCGCUCGUCGCCGUCCUCCAGCUCCUCCGCCAACAGCGACCGCUUCGUGUGCAUCUCCAACCCGGUGUACGAGCGGGGCGCCGCGCCCCCGGCCGACGUUCGUGGGGACACGGACACGCCAUUCGAGACGCCCGACGCCUCGCCGUCGCCAUUUGGGAUCACGGAGGAGGUGGAAGAAGAGGGUGGCGAGUUCUCGCCGCCAUUGUCCGUGAUGAGGAAGCUGCCGCCAUUGGGCGUCGUGGCGUGUCCCCCGCCAUCGAUGGGUUUCAUCGACGGCCGGCCGUCUCUGGGCUUCACCGAUGGCCGGCCGUCGCUGACGGCGUGGUCGGGGACGGUCACCGACACCAACCGGGCCUCCUCGUCGUCGUCCAAUCUCACCGCUCACUUCUUCUCUUCCUGGUCACCCAAGUGACAGAUUGGAGGAUUACUUGUAGUAUCCAUAUGGAGUAUUGAUUUAGCAGUAGUGCAGUGCUUGUUAGCUAGAGCUCGAUUGAAUUCAUUGAUUUUCUCUCUUUGAUAUGUCCGGUCCUUCGAUUUGCUGGGUUUUGUUGGUUUAAUCUAGCAGGUUUUCUCUAACAAUAACUAACUUUGUUUGCCUCAUUUGCUCAUUUGGUUUGUCAUGUUGAUGGAUAGAAUCAUCGAAAGUGUUACUCAAAAAAUAUUUUUGUGGUGCAAACAGAAAUGAUCGAGCGUAAAUCAUUUGUCUUAGCCA